CAUUUCCUGUGGGUUUGCGGGCAAAAGGAGAAGAUGGCGGCGGUGGGGGAACCUGUGCGGCUGGAGAGGGAUAUUUGUAGAGCAAUUGAAUUGUUGGAAAAACUCCAAAGGAGUGGAGAGGUACCACCACAGAAACUUCAGGCUUUACAAAGAGUUCUUCAGAGUGAGUUCUGCAAUGCUGUAAGAGAGGUAUACGAACAUGUCUAUGAGACUGUGGACAUCAGUAGCAGUCCUGAAGUGAGAGCUAACGCAACUGCAAAGGCUACUGUCGCUGCAUUUGCCGCCAGUGAAGGACAUUCUCAUCCUCGAGUUGUUGAGCUGCCAAAAACAGAAGAGGGCCUUGGAUUCAAUAUUAUGGGAGGCAAGGAACAAAACUCUCCAAUCUAUAUAUCUCGAAUAAUUCCAGGUGGAAUUGCUGAUAGACAUGGGGGCCUCAAACGAGGAGAUCAGCUCCUUUCUGUUAAUGGAGUGAGCGUUGAAGGAGAACAUCACGAAAAAGCUGUAGAACUGCUGAAAGCAGCUCAGGGGAAGGUUAAAUUAGUAGUACGAUAUACGCCCAAAGUCUUAGAAGAAAUGGAGUCACGCUUUGAAAAAAUGAGAUCAGCAAAACGCAGGCAACAGACCUAAUGCAGUUCACAACUUUAUAGUCCACUUUGCUUUUAGCUAGAGAAGUUUUGCUUGUGACCUACUGAUGGCCGCAAUGCCAAUGAUUGUAAAAAAACAAACAAAAACUUCCCAUGAAUACUCCUUGCCAUUUUAUAAAUGCCUAUUUUAACAUCAUUUAUGGUUCCAGAGAUGCAUACACUUUUUUCUGACAACAAAAAGUAAAAGGUGAUGAGGGCAGUUCUGUCCUGCUGUUUUUACAGGCCUUUUUCAAGUGCAGAUUUUGUCAUAAAGUUGUUAUAGAUUUUUAAAAAUGCUUUUUUAAUAUUAAAACGUACUUUUAACAUUCUUAAUCUGUUUUUAAAAAAAGCUUUCUUCAUUUGGCUGCUUAUUUAAAAAUAACAGUUCUCCAAUUCUUUUUUGGCUUACUCUAUUUUUUUUACCUGUGAAAUUUCUUUAGGGUUUUCUAAGAAGUUAGACAUCAAGUCUCAGCUACAGCAGUUCAUUACACUGUCAGUGUUAACAUCACUACUGCGUUUUGUACUUUUGAACACACACGUAAUACAGUAAUCAGUGGUAAAUCAUAACUCGGCAUAGUGGAAGUUUUUUACUUUUAUUUAAACAUAAUGUAUAAUGAAUAUUCAUUGAUACUGAUUUGUAAAAGUUUUUAAACACUGACAAUCAUUGCUAAAAUAUGUAUUCUUUCAUAAUAUUAGAGCAGUGAGGUAAGAGGAUGUAAUUUGGUUGGUAGCAUCCCUGAUUACAUCCCUUUCUAUUUAUAUUCAGUAAUAUAUCAUAAAUUACAAAUGCAUAAGCAAGUUCAAAUUUCAUUUUUUGCAAAUUUGUUUAAUACUAUUCAUUUUUAUUUAGAGUGCUUAUAUUUUGGUCCUUUUGUCCUAGAGAGGAGCCAGUUUUAGUCUUCAAGAGCAGUAGUGAAAGCAAAGAAGAAAAAGUAAUUCUUCUAACCUCAACUAGCCUCAAGAGUUACACACUUUAACUAGCUCAAUUUAAAUGAUUGAUUUUA